AUGGAGGAUCAAAGACCCAUUGUUCUUUGGUCCCAUCCAAGAUCUCUUUCUACGGUUUUUGAACGACCGUUUCUUCAACGUCCUCAAGAAUUUCAUGUUAUCCAUGAACCAAUUAAUCCAAUAAGUCGUGCUUAUGUGACCAAAAACUUUGAAUUUUUGAAUCAAAUUCCGUUACCUAAACCUACUGAUCCGAUCACUUUUGUACAUCAUUUCUCACCUACUCUUAAUGAAAUUCUUGCUCCUCAUUACUAUAAUGAUGAUAAAACACAUACCUUAAGAGUUUUUGCGAAGGAACAUGCAUCCAAUUUUUUAGAUGCAUUUGAAGGAAAUCUAGACGGAAAUCCGUUAGGAUCCAAGGAAAUUCUUUCAAAAUUUAAACACACAUUCAUAAUUAGAAAUCCAGAAAAAUCCGUAAAGUUUUUUUACAAAGCUGCCAAUUCUACAUAUAAAGCUUGGGAUAAAGCCUGCACUAAGAACAUAACUGGAGAGGAUAUUGUUUUAGUAGAUGCUGAUGAUUUAGUUCGAGAACCGGAAAAAGUUUUUAGAAAAUAUUGUGAGAUGGUUAAUAUAGAGUUUAAGAAAGAAAUGCUUGAAUGGAAAGAAGAAAGGUUGAAAAUAUGGGAUUUAAAAUUGUCAGGCCCAGAUAUAGAUUAUUUGUGGCAUAAGAAUGUGAUGCAAAGUACAGGAUUUGACAAAUCAAUCAAUGGUGAAAAAGAAAUUGAAUAUCCUCAACAUGUUUAUGACUUAAUUGCUAAAAGCAAACCUCAUUAUGAUUACUUGUUUCAACAUAGAAUUAAGAUUUAA